AUGACAACCGACUGGAGUAAAAACAAAGUUGUCGACCUCAGAGCCGAGCUCACUCGCAGAGGCCUAGCUACCAAUGGCCUCAAGCAGGAGCUGGUAGAUCGCCUGACAAGCGACGAUGAAGCCAAGCUGAAUGAGGAAUCUGAAGCUGAUGCGCCAAAACCUGAUGAUCCAUCACCCCCUGCCAAUGCGUCGACAGAUAUCGCAUCCGAACAACCUGAAGCUGUGCAAGAAACCGAAACUCCUCAACAAGCCGGACCUGCGCAGGACCUGCCCAACGAGACCACAACUGAGGCGCAUGAAAGUGCAAAUUCAGACGCGCCUGCGGCUCCUUCGGCUGAUGCAGUCGGCGAUGAGAAGAAACGCAAACGUCGCUCAGCCAGUCCGCCGCCGCCUAAUGAUGAUACCCCGAGGAAGCGUCUUCGGCAGGAGAACGGCGACGUAAUGGAGAAUGGUGGCAAUGAUGGCAAGGCCAUCACCAGUGGUCUCACACAAUCUGUUCCUGCCACUCACGAUGGUGAAGAUGUGACCAUGCAGGAGGAUGCCGAGCCUCAGACCGCACCAACGACAAAGGAUGCUACACGUGAAGCACCCCUGGAGUCCAGCCAAAAGAUGGAGCAAGAAGAUGUUGUUGACUACGGAGCCGAUUCGCCGGUAGCUCAGCAAGACACGGAGCAGAUCUCUUCCAAUAAGCAAGAGUCAGGAGACGGUGAUGUCGAAAUGAAGGACGCUGCGAAAGAUGCCGCACCACAGGGUACAGACCAAUUUUACUAUGACGCCCCUCGCGCAAGAGACGAGGAUGACUCGGUUGAGCCUGCGCUGCACCCUGCAACUGACAGUUUGUUCAUUGGUAACUUUAUGCGCCCGCUUCGAGCUGAUGUUGUCGAGGAUCAUCUUGUUGAACUGGCGAUGAGUCCUGGUGCAGCACCCGAUCGCUCGGUACUGUCACAGUUGUGGGUGGAUAGUAUUCGUACCCAUGCUCUCGUACAGUUCCAAUCUGUCGCAGCUGCAUCCCGUGUACGAACAGCACUCCACGGAAAAGUGUGGCCAGACGAGAGGAACAGAAAAGCGCUUUGGGUUGACUUCAUCCCGUCAGAUCAGGUUAGUGACUGGAUCGCCAAGGAAAAGGCAGAGGGCAGUAGCAGAAGGGGCGACGUCUCUAGGUGGGAGGUGGUAUACCAGAAAGAGGGCGACGUCAUGGUUGCAAGGCACCAAGUCGCCAUUGCAGAGCCAAAAACAACGGCACCGCCAGCAGGCCCGAACGGUGCAUCUCGUGCUGUACCCACCGGCCCAGCAAACCAGUACCCGGGCAUAGAAUCGGCACCAUCAGGUCCUCGAAACAUGGGUGGUCGACGCGGUGCCGGCGAUGCCCGAGGAAAUGCUCACGAGCGUACGCGCACAUCACCUUCCAUCAGUUGGCAGCCCGUUUCUGCCGAUCUCGCGCGCCGGCGACUCGACAACCUCAACAGUUUCGUCUCCAAGGACCCAAAUCGCGACGUAGGCCGUGAUUGCCACCGUUACUCUUUCACACGGAGUGACCAGUUCAUAGACCGUGGCCCAGAGAUGUUCGUUGGAAUUCGCCCGCCACACCGUGAACGCGAGCGUCGUCAAAUGGGUGGUCAGGGUGGCGGCGCGAGAGCUGGGGCUGGAUCUGGCAACGGUUCAUCACGUCAGCCCCUUCCGCCCCAGUCGUAUGAGGCUCCUGCUCCUAGGCGUGGUCCUCGAGGCGGAGGUGGCCGCCGUAACAGGCACGGUGGCGGUGGGGGCGGCGGCGGCGGGAAUUCUGGGUAUGGACGGUAUGGCCAAGGGGGCCGUUUCGGCGACGGCCUAGCCCCUAGGUAUGAAGAUUUCAGGUAUAGGCCGUCGGACAAUGACCAUCGGUCAGACAGGCGAUGA